AUGUCGUCAACGCCGACAAUAUAUGAGAAGCAGGUCGGCGUAUCGACCGAUGCCAGCAACAGCGAUGGCUACCAGUCUGACGUGGAGCGCGACUGGUCCGACGCAGAGGAAAAAAAUCUCGUCCGCAAGCUCGAUUUCAUUGUUCUGGCGCUGUUGACGUUGGCAUUCUUCGCCCUGCAAAUCGACCGUGGUAACAUUGGUAAUGCCUUGACGGAUAACUUCCUCAAGGACGUAGGCAUCACCCAAUACCAGUUCAACGUCGGUCAACAGCUGCUGUCACUGGGUAUUGUGCUGCUCGAGAUUCCCAGCAACAUUGUUCUGUACAAACUCGGCCCUACAAUUUGGAUUGGCGGACAGAUCAUCGCAUGGGGUCUCGUUGCUACCUUCCAGGCUUUCCAGCAUGGCCUCGGCCCGUACCUCGUCACCCGUCUACUUCUCGGUCUCUGCGAGGCUGGCUUCAUCCCGGCUGGUCUCUACACCAUCACUCGGUGGUACAAGCGCGACGAGACUAGCAAGCGAUUCUCGGUGUUCUUCCUCGGCAACAUGCUGGCCGGUGCCUGCACGGGUCUCGUGGCGUACGGAAUCCUGCACAUGCGUGGCGUCCGUGGCCUUGCAGGCUGGCAAUGGCUGUUCCUGAUCGAGGGCAUGAUCACCGUUGCCAUCGGAAUUCUCUUCAUCACCUUCUUCCCAAAGAGCCCUAGCAACCCUGUCUCCAUCCUAGGUAUCCGCUAUUUUAACGAGCGCGAGGUCCACAUUCUCUCUCGCCGCGUCCUGCUCGACGAUCCAUCCAAGAUCCACACGCAUACUCAUAUCAGCAAGCAGGAAAUCAAGAACGCGUUGACCAACUGGCGCUUGAUUCCUCAUGUCAUCCUUACCAUCAGCGCCCUGUCGCCGGCCUCAACCAUGAUGUCGUAUGCCCCUACGCUCGUCGCCUCGUUCGGAUACCCCAAACUGAAGGCUAACGCCAUGACCUCCAUCGGCGCCUGGAUGCUGCUCGUUACCAAUGUGUCCUGGGGCUUCAUCUCGGACAGAUAUGGGCGCCGUGGAAUUAUGGUAUUUCUCGGUAUGUUCAUCUACUGGGGCUUUCAGCUCGGCAAUCGUCUGGCCAUCCAUUCCUCCAACUCGCACUUGCGGUUCGGUUUGUUGGUGACCAGCGUCGCGUUUGGCUCCAACUGGCACCCUGUCAACGGGUCCUGGGUGGCCUCUAACGCCAAAUCGGCCGGCGAGCGCUCCAUCACCCUGGCCAUCUUCAUUAUGUCGGCCAACACCUCCGGUAUUGUAGGCAGCCAGCUGCUGCAGGCCAAGGACAGCCCGCUAUACAAGACUGGCUGGACUGUCAUGCUGGCGCUGGUGUCUGUCGGUCUGGUCAUGUCGGUCAUCGCUAACGUGCAGUACUAUUUGUUGAACAAAAAAAUGCAGCGCGAGCAGCCAGGUAUUGAUGUCCAAGAGCUUCAUAAGAUCUGA